CUGGGAUCUUAGACCAAACCAACCCAUGCGAAAAUUAGAAGAGGAGAAAGAGAGAGGGGAGGGAAUUAUUCAGAAGAGGAAAGAGAAAGCGGAAAAUGAUGACGAUGAUGCUCUGAAACAAACCCUCAGCCUGAUAUAAACGAGGUUCAGAAGCAACAAUACAAUGGAAUUGGCAGACAGAGCUGUUGGUUUUCUUUUAUCAUUCAUAAGCUUGUCCAUUUUCACUUAUUAUACCUUCUGGGUCAUCAUCCUGCCAUUUGUUGACAGUGAUCAUUUUGUGCAUAAAUACUUUCUACCUCAAGAAUUUGCCAUCCUCAUUCCUGUUUUUGCCGGUGUGGUGCUUCUCUGCUUCUUGUGUAUGUUUAUUGGAUAUGUGAUGCUCAAAUCCAAGAAGAAGAAGAAGGUGUGAUGCAAGUACUUUCCGUGGUUUUCAUCAGUCUGAGGUGUUUUGGAAUUUCUCAUCUGUGCUUCACAGAAUGUUUGAUCUGAAUAUCUUUUAGUUUUCAAAUUUCAACAGCUUAUAAGAUGCUUUUCAUUGUCUCUAGUACAAUUGUGGCCCUUUUAAGCCUUUUAACUUAUUUAGACAGUUCUAGUUGGUUUAAAUAAAAGUUACCAUGCAUUUUUGCUAGUAGUCAUUUGUAUCAGCUAUCACAAAGGUGUUCAUUUACGCAAUAUGACUAUCAGAUGAGGAUUGGUAUGUCAUUGGGCUUUGUGACUUUUCAAUGUAGCAACUUCUCAUACUUUAUUUUGGUAAUGAAUUCCUUUAAUGAGAUAUAGGAAC